AGCUACCUGUGUGCCAAGGCUCACUGGGACCCUGCCAUUCCCUCUGUCUCUCCCUCUCUUCUUCCCUCCCCUUUGCAGACUGUGCAUCUCCUUGGUGGCUCCCUGCAGGCUCCCACCACCCUGAAGAGGACAUGCUUUCUUUGAGUUAUUUUUGUGUGAGUGCUUGAGCCUGUGAUGGUGAAAGGACCAGCAUCUGCAGACACGUGAAGUCCUCCUGUUAUUUUAUUUGCAGUGCCAGCUUUUCCAUGAUGCCUGGCCAGUAACAUCAGCCAUGACCUGGAGGGACAGGGACAAGAGGUAGUUUGGUCUUCUUAGCGAGGUCAGCCCGGAGUUCUUCCUGUUGAGGAGAGACCUUCAGAGGUGUUGAAUGAUGAGUGCGAUAAUGCCAACUCCUGUUGCUCCGUGGUGAGCUGUGACGCCAAACUCAAAUCACUUUAGACCUGAAGCUGGACUUAACCCACGGUCCUGGUCUUAGAAGGAAAUGCUGUCUCUCCUCUGUGAUCAUCCCUCAACUCUGAACGUCUUCCAUUGAAAAAUCGACCUUCCACACUAGGAGGCAAGGAUCAAAUGGGUUGAGAACAACUGGCCAUUCCUUUUUUUGCAGAGGAUUCUUUGAUAUAUUCUUAAGUGCCAGGACAUGAAACAGUAAAUCCCUCCUUUCCACACUCCUGCCUCCUGCAAACAGCCCUGACUGCUGUCCAAGCCAGCCAGUUAAAGGGUUAAUUAUAACUGGAUGCCUGAAUGGCUGCCUUACUGAUCCCGCGGAGGAACAGAGGGAUGAGGACUCGCCUGGGCUGCCUGUCUCACAAAUCAGACUCAUAUAAUGAUUUCACAGCUAUUCUUCCGGACAAGCCCAACCGGGCUUUGAAAAGACUGUCAACAGAAGAAGCAACAAGAUGGGCAGACUCUUUUGAUGUCCUUUUGUCCCAUAAAUAUGGGCUGGCUGCUUUCCGUGCUUUCCUGAAGACGGAGUUCAGUGAGGAAAACCUGGAGUUCUGGCUUGCCUGUGAGGACUUCAAGAAGACACGCUCAGCAGCCAAGCUGGCUUCCAAGGCCCAGCGGAUCUUUGAGGAGUUCAUCGAUGUGCAGGCUCCUCGAGAGGUGAACAUAGACUUCCAGACACGGGAGCUGACAAGAAGAAAUAUGCAGGAGCCUUCCCUCUCUUGCUUUGAUCAAGCUCAGGGGAAGGUGCACAGCCUCAUGGAGAAAGACUCUUACCCCAGGUUCCUGAGAUCCAAAAUUUACACAGACCUGCUGUCUCAAACCCAGAGGAGGCUCAGCUAGAGCAGCAAUGGGGCCGUCAGAAGCCACGUGCUUCCCACAACAGCCAAAAUCCAUGUCUAAAUGUGAAACUUUCUUGGUGUUAAAAGCAGUGGGAAUGGGAAAAGAGGGAGAAGGGGAAAAGGAGGCUUCCAGAGCAUGAUCCAGAAUGUGGUAUUAGGACUCUCUGAGUUUCUGUGCUUUUUCUGGUUAGUGGCAGCAUCUUGCAGGUGUUGCCUCUCUCUAGCACAAAACACACAAUCCUCUGUAGUUAUAGGUCAUCUGUUGGGAAGGCAGGUUUCCUUUAAAAAUACGACGUUGGUUUGUGUGUAAAUAAUGCCAGUGCACCUUUCCACCCUUCCAGACAUCUCCCUAGCUCUCACCUGUCCCUUGUGUUUGGAGGGGCCCUAAGGGCAGUUCUGAAACUUUUGGAGCCAAGUCUAGUCCAAAGCACCAUCUCCCACCCUGGCUGCUGGGGUCUGGACCCAGAGGCCAUGAGGACGGAGAGAGAAAGCAAAGGCACAUGACUCAUGCUGCUUCCUGGAGUGGAAACCAUCACUGAACUCAGCUCACCUUUCAAUUUUUAUUGCACACCUUAUGACACCAGCUGCUACCCUGUCACAGCCCUUUAUCUUCCAGGGAUGGAGACUAAGAGUUAUUUUCAAUAUGACUGUCAAGGAGCUGAGUUUUUCUUAUGAGGAAGGUGAUCCCAAAAGCUCUCGCUAGUCCUGGUCAGGCUAGUCUUCUAGUGCGAAUUAUUGUUUUUAAUGAAUAUUAUUUUAUGUGUACUGUAGUUUAGCCUCGGGACCCCAGUCGUCGUUCAGGCUUCAUUGUGCCAGGCACCGUACCAAAACCUAGCACAAAGAGGCUUCUGGUCACCAGAUACAUUAACAGGCUUGAUGGCUUCUCAGGAACGACCUGCCAGCUGUUGGGAAAGAGUCAAGAGAAGGAAUGUCCCAUCUGCCCUCUGCUGAGAUAUAAGAAGAGCACAAGACCUGCCUGCUAUGGCAGAUAGCAUUUUUCAUGUAAUGCCUGAGCAGCACAUGACGGGGAGAGGUAACAUGAAAAUCACAAUUAUAUUUUUGUUAUUUACUGAUUAUUGACUGUUGUUCUUACCUACUGAUUAUCCACUGUGGGCUCAAUGCCAUGUAAAGAACUACUAAAGACACAUACCCUGCUGCAUGGUGCUUGCUUAAAAACAGGACACAGUGAAGCACGCAGUGAGCAGGACGAGUGUCCGGGUGUGAAGUGGUGUGUGAAGCGUACUUUGGCCCUGGUCCCAUAGCCUGGAUAGCCAACUGCAGGAGAAGACUCUGGCAGACGUCAGCUGUGUAGCACCUUCUCUGUGCUGUGCAAUAAUACUUACCAUCUGAAGGCCCCAUUUCUAUGGCAUUGCUUUUCCAGCUUAUCAGCUGUCAGAUUCUUGCAAUAUUUUCUAGUGGAGAAGCAGACAGCCUGUCCAUGGAUUUGAGCCCACAGACCACAGGUCUAUUUUCUUAGUUUUAUGAAGGCCUGGAAAGUGACCCCAUGGAUCUUUUCCUUCUCUCAGACACCCGCAGAUUAGAGGCUGUAAACCUCUGCUCUAGUUUAGAGCAGUGGGUAGGUUUGAUACAUCAGAAAGCUGGUGAUAAAGAUUUAGUAUAUGUGAUGCAAACUAGGUAGACUGAAUUCUAAAGAUAAACAUAACAUGUUCAGAAUGAGAUACAAAAAGCCUGCUUAGAUAUUAAAAGUUACUGUUGGUGCAUUAGGUAAGAAGCAGGUUUUGAGGCUUUUUGUAAGGAUGAUGUACAGGAUAUUAGACAAAUAGGUUUAGGAUCAAGAUAGGGAUAGUAAGCAUGUCUGUUUUAUUUUGGAGGUGUCUUCCUAUGGUCUUUAAGACACCAAAGUCUAAAUGCGGUGCAAGUGGAAAAUUUAUGUUCAGUAGGGAAACCCACUUUUCAGAACCUCGUUGAUCAGCUGUAGAGUUCAGUUGUUUUUUAGGAAAAGAUCAAUGAAAGGUGGGCACUGGCAAGUGCCCCAGAUUCAUCCAAGUGGCCUACAUCAUGCAGUGGCUCCACCAGCCAUGAGUUUAGCUGUUCAUGGGCCCAUAGCUUUAUGGCAAACAAGGUACCUGGCAAAGAAAGUGUAGUGGGACAGGUGUCUGGGGAAACUUGUGCAGUGCUCUGGAAGGAGUCAAAGACAGAAGCAAAGGAUAUAUAGUCAUGAAUCCAGUGUCUGCCCCUGGUGAUAUCCAGGCUAUACCAUGUGGAACAGAGUCACAUCACCUAUACAGCCUCCUCCUGCUAUAGGUGAAAGGGAAGGAGGAGGGCAAAUCAUCCCACAUUGCAGUGAAGUACUUUCAAUUCUUGACCCGCAAAGCCACUGAGUGUGAGGAGGGGCUGGAAGAACUCUCCUUUCCAAGAAAUGUUAUGUCUACUACACCUGUAUGACACAGGAUUGACUGGGGUCUCUCAGGGGCACAGGUUGCUUUGGCUGAAGAAGUUCUCCUUGAGAUGGCCUGUGGUGCCAGCUGUACCCAGUGUCACUGUGACCACAAAAUGGCACAGCAACCAGUGAUCCAACUGCUGCAACACAGCAGCUCAUCUUCCCAAUGCUGUGGCAUCAAGCAAGCUGUGUUGCAAGGGAUGAAGGCAGGACACCUUCUUCUGGCUCUGCCUUCCUCCUUUUCAGCCUCCUCUUAACUGUACACGUACGUACCGGUGCUACCCUGGAUGUGAGAGGCAGCACCAGCAGGCUUAUGCAGUCAUUGCUUUUAAAAAGAAGGCAGAAGGCCACGUUAACUGGCUUGUGGUAUUUCUCUUAAAGACACCAACACACCUUCUGAGUGGGCUUGCAUGAUGCUGACCUCUAGUGCCAGCUGAUGCAUCCCAGACAGGGCUUUUCAGCAAAGUGCCCUACAGGCACCCAUGGCAGUGGGGGUUGCAGAGGCAAUGAGUGUGAGUGAGGAAGGCAGUGAGGAAACAGCAGAACCAAGAUGUUUUUGUCAAGGAAUGAGGAACAGAAAGUCAGAAGUGAGGACAAUUCCCAGGCUUCCCUGAUGGCUACAAAGGAUGGUCCUGUUCAGAGUGUGACUCCAGAAAGUCCAGGAGGUAACAUCUCUCAGCAAGCUCCUCCAGUGCCCGUGCUGGCAUCCUUUCAGUUUGUGUCAGAAUUCAUAGGAAAACUUCAAAGUGGGCAACACCUAUAAAAAACAAUCUCCCCUCUCUCCUAUGUCGGCCUGGGGAAUCACUUUAAGUGGGUGCAUUCGGAGUUGGCAUUGCUGCAGUUGUGACAGGCACUGUAUUCAUGCUGGGUGAUGUAGAAGUGUUUUGCCCAUUAAAUUGGUGCCAGGUAAUAUCCUCCAUGGAAAACAUCCUAGAGCAUAGAGUGGAGCAAAAUUAUUGUCUGAGGCAUAUAAGUCUACCACAGUUAUUUUUGUUGCUGCUCUUACAGUUUGUCUCUCUUGCAGGAAAGCAGACUAGUUAUUUGAAGUAUUUUUUUUAAAUAAGGAAUUGGCACCAGCUGCUUCUUUUAUGCCAAAUGUCAGUCUGAAGUGAAUUAAAAUAGGCAGCUUAUAGCUCUUCCCCUUAAACCAGGCACUGUUUAAGGAAAUAAUGACUGAGCCAAAGCUUCAGAAAGCACUGAGUGAUGACUAAUCCCCAUCAAGGACAAAUAUUCUACCUUUGAUUCAUCUCUUACUGAUGUGAAAGGGAUAUUCAUACCUUACAAACCCCAUUUCCCCUCUCCACAAGCACACACCUCCAAAAUUUUCCUCCUGUUUCAAGAAAUGUCAGAGUGUGCCAUCACAUGAAAAGAGGGGCAAAACAGAAUAGUUUCACUCAACUCUUUUUAUUCUGUGUGUUUGCUGGCACGUACCCAGUCAGCUCCCAAGUCCUUUGACAGCAAAAGGGAAGAAGAGUUUAUAAAUUGCCUUUUCUAUAAGCUUCAGAUGUUAACUCAGAAGCAGAUGCAGAACCCAAAUCUGCUUUCAGUUUCUUUCUCCUGCUUUGGCCCAUCAGCCAGGUUUGGAAUGAUUUCCAUCACUUUUACUGGACUCGUUAAUGUACCAAUGGGUCCCUGCCCGCCACGCUGGGAAGGUGUGAAGGGCAAAGUCCUGCUAGUCUAAGCAGGGGAGGGAAAUAAGCAUGUGUGUCUGCAGGUGUGUGGGGGGGUGAGAGUGCAUGUGAAUUCAUGUGUAUGUUAUUUAGUGUCUCCUACUAGAGAAGCUUUUCUGAGACAUAGAUGUGCAUGUUAAAAUAGGAGAAUUAGGCAUAAAUGAGAUAAAAUGAGAUUUUUAGCCAGUGUUGUGUUUGCCUCAUGUGUAAGUUUGAAUAGUACUAAGAGACAUAAAACUCUGCUAGGCUUCCAGUUACCCAUAAGAGCACACGUAUCAAACUGAACUGAAUGUUCACUGAUAGACACAAAACCGAAAUGUUUACAGCAUUCAGAGCAAUAGCAAAGCAUACCUCAUGCCAGUCCUGGAGUGCCUCUCACCCAUCAGUGCAAGCUCUCCCUUCCCUGGAGGCCUCUUGCUUCUCCCUCCAACCCCUCUCUCUUUCUCAGUCCUGUCCUCUUGGACUUCCCUCCUCCUCCUCCUCCUCCUUACAGUUACCUUCCCGAAGCACUCCUGUCCAUGCCAACCUUCCUCUCCACUAGCAGUGCUUGUCCCCAUGUAUCUCAGCCUCAGUCUCACAUAACCUCCUCCCACGCCCUCCUGUUUGCGCACCCUCCAUCCCCUUCUCUUCUUUGCCUUUUACUUCCCCAGACACUUGUCUCUGGUCUUGCCAUCUUUCUCCUAUGUCGCUAUAAAGCUCCUAUUCCUUGCCCACUAUAUAAGAAGAAAAUGCGUCACUUAAUUUCUGCAUUAUCUUUCAUUCCUGGGACUGCUGCAGUUGUCUUCUUCCUUGGUACUAUGUUUUCUCUGGCAUCAAAGCAUUAUAUCACAGAAUUGGAAUUAAAGUACAUUUUGCUGCUAAACCAGAAUGCUUUUCUCUACCAUGCACCUCUUGGGCUUUGCAGAGGCUCAGCUUGUCCCCAGUAUUAUGACUUCUUCCUCCAUCCAUGCUCCACGUGCUGUGCUUGUGGCAGGAGCUGGCUAGGUGAGAGGGCAGCUGGGCUGCACGGAGGCAGCGGCUGCUUUGGCAGAGUCACAACUGUGCUUCCUCUUGGCUUUCUCACAUAAAAAAAAAGAGAGUGUAAAUAAAGGUUUGUGUGUUGUAUUUGUUUACUAAAGUCA